AUGACAGAAAACGCCCGCGUCUUCCUGCUCAGCUUUCAGCCAGAGACACACUUCAAGCUGACACUUCAGUCACACCUCGCCAGCAUCGGUGUCCCAGCAGACACAAGGCACAACCCAGCCUUCUCCAGGUCCUGCCCCAGGAGUCCCCGCCCCACCCCAAAGGAGCCAAUGGAGGAGCUUGGGGGGCAACAGCAGAAGGCAGAAGCUGUUCAAGACAGGUUUGGGGUAUCUGUUGCAGUUGUCAGUGUGCCUCCGGAUGGAGGAGAGACCCCUCAGCCACCCCCGGGCGGCCUGGGAGAAGGAGGGCGGUCGCGCGCACAGCCCCCGGGCACCCCAGGAACGGGACGGGACUCCCCAGGGCAGCAGCUCUCCCCAGGCGUCCUCCGAGUUCUGCAGGGCCCAGGCGUCGCGGAGCCCGCGGAGCAGGGAGAAGAGGUGCAGAAGCUCAAGUUCCUGGAGUGCGUCUGCACCCUCUGCCGAGGCAGCAGCUCCAAGGCCUUGUCGUGGGGCCUGGAUGUUUUCUGCUGCAUGUACGACCUGGCCGAGCAUAUCAAGAGCCAGUGCGCUGUGACCCUGACCGUGACCAUCCUCCCUUGCCCUGAUGGCCCUGUGUCCACGUGCCCCACGCUGCCGCUGCACAACCCAACAGCCGCCCCUGGCUCUGCUGGGACCACAGUGCCAGCAUUACCCCGCCCCCUCUCCCGAGCCACGUCCACUGCUCAGCUAAGCACCAUUAAUGUGGCACAGAGCGUGACAUUUCUUCCCUCACCUCCAUUCUCCCAUAAGCUGUUUGUGAAAAACCUUCAGCCCUCCGAGGGCAUAGACAUCAUUGCCACAGCCAUCGAGGGCAUGAGGAACUGCAGCAAUUACAGCACGGUGGUGGCUACCCACAUGCUGAACAUGUUUGUGGUGGGCGCUGUCUCUUCACUGGAAGAUGUGCCACGGAUGAUAAGGUGCCUCUACAGGAACCUGAGGUACGUCAGGGAGUUGUUGGCCCGGGUCACCCUGAACAACAUCCUUUGCCAGCUGUGCUGCUCGAACCCUGACGAGGUGACCGUGAGCCUGCUCUACUGCUCCCCGCUCUGCAACAGAGCCAUGAGGAGAGCUCCGAGACACCUGUGUCGCUGGAUCUUCCACCAGCUGGCAAGGCUGCUGAGCGGGGAGGACCAGUUUCGCCAGAGGCCCGCCAUGGCUUUCUUUGUGGAGCUGCUGGAUGGCCUUGACCUUGCCGAGAUGGACGAUGCCGCGCUGCCACUCCUCUGGCGCUGCAUUCAGGCUGAGGGCCUGGAGCUGCGCAGACUGGCAUUCAGAGGUCUCCUGAGCCUGCUGAAGAUGGCAAGGAAAAUGCAGAGCCUGCUCCCAGACAUGGUGGAGUGGCUGCAGGAUGCCCGCAGGGACGUGCGUGCAGGAAGCUUGCUGUUGCUGAGAAACAUCCUCAGCUACCUGGACCAGAAGGGCUCCAACCCCAUCGCUCUGCAGCUGGCGGAGAGGCUUCUGCCACGCUUUGAUGACACUCACCACGAGCUGGCCGGUGGACCCAGCAACCCAUCCAGCAGCAGGGAGGCCCCCGAGGCCAAGAGCCAGGGAGAACCUCGAUCACCUUGGGCGCUGACGAUGUCUUGUGUCUGGGAGAGAAGGUCCAAGCACUGCUCAGAACUGGGGGAAGUAGCUGCUUACGUCCCCGACCUCAUUUUAUCUGAGGACUUGAGGCACGAAGCCCGUUGCGUUCAGAAUUUUCAUGGAGUACUGCUCUUUGCGGACGUCUCAGGUUUCACUGCUCUGACAGAGAAGUUUAGCCAGAGCGUCAGCCUCGAGCGGGGUGCGGACGAGCUAACGCAAACGCUCAAUGACUACAUGGGCGACAUUGUGGAGGAGCUGCUGGGCUUUGGAGGAGACAUCUUGAAGUUUGCAGGGGAUGCUGUACUGGUGCUGUGGAGAGUGAGGGAAACACAGCUGAGAGACACCAUCAGCCUGGUGCUGCAGUGCUGCCGGCAAAUCCAGGAGAAGUACAGCGUCCGUGACACAGACGUGGGCCUGAAGCUCCGACUGAAGAUAGGGAUCUCUGCAGGGCACAUGUCGCUGCUGACUGUGGGAGACCGCAAGGAGCAGCACUUCCUGAUCCUUGGCAAGGCCGUGGGUGAAGUCUGGCAGGCGCAAAACCUUGCAAGUGCAAGUGAUAUUAUCCUGUCAGCCAGCUGCUGGGAGCUCUGUAACCAGAGCCAGGUGAAGAGCAAGAGAGUGAAAGGCCAAGGAGCUGUGAAGGUUACAGGCGUGCAGCGGAUGUCUGUGUCGGAGCACGAAGACCUUUUCUCCAAGUUCACACGAGCACAGCUGAACUGCCGUUCUCUGGAAAUGCCAGGCGUCCUGAGGCCUGCUGUUACCUUGGCCCCUCAUCGUGCUCAGGGGAAGGUGCUGAGGAAGUACAUCCCAGCCAGUGUCCUGCGCAAGAUUGACGACAGACAGCCCCUGGCGUGCCUAUCCGAGCUGCGGCCGGUCACCUGCCUCUUUGUGAAGCUGCAGUUUGCUGCCAAGGUCAACCUAACGCAAAUCUGCAAGGCAAUCCAGGACAGCAGCGUGCUGAUUUCGGAGAUCCUCCGUCCUCACAAGGGCGAAAUCAACAAAAUCUCCAUGUUUGAUAAGGGCUGCACGCUGCUGUGUGUGUUUGGCCUCCCUGGAGGAAAGCUGCCCUGCGAGAGCGUUUGCGCCUUGGAAAGCGCGAUUAAAAUCUCCACCGCCUGCUCCGGGAGGCUGGGGAAAAUCGAGGCAGUGUCCGUGGGGGUCACCAGCGGGACGGCGUUCUGCGGAGUCGUCGGCCACCGCGUCAGGCACGAGUACACAGUCAUGGGCCAGAAGGUGAACCUGGCUGCCCGGCUGAUGGAGCACUACCCGGGGCUGGUGUCCUGCGAUGCGGCGACCUACGCAGCGUCCCGGCUGCCCCGGUCUUACUUCAAGGAGCUGCCGAAGGCCCAGAUGAAGGGGGUUGGCGAUCCUGGCACUGUCUAUCAGUACCUGGGGAUGUCGCAGAAGCUCACAUUUGGCCUGGAUCUUAUGGAGGAGAGGUCAGAGUACGGCCCCUUGCUCGGUCGCGAGGAGGAGAUUACCCUCUUUGAAAGUGCCUUGAAAGCCUACGGGACUUGUCGCGAAAGCAGCAUCCUAGCGUUUGAGGGUGUGCUUGGCUCUGGAAAGAGCCAUUUACUCACUGAGCUGGCAUCUUUAGGCCAGGCUGCUGGCCACAGGGUAGUGGCCGUGGAACUGACAGAGCUAAACCUGAAGCAGGUCUACUCUGCCCUCCGUAUGGUGCUGGCCAUGGCCCUGGGCCUGCAGGCAUGUCAAUCGUGCAGUGCCAGACAGCUUGUGCUGCAGGCAAAGCUCCAAGGGCUGAUGGCAGAGAGCAGCUACUGCCUCCUCAACGACGUCUUCCUCGUUAAGUUUCCCCUCUCGACGGCAGUUUCCCAGAUGAGUGGCACUCAAAGGCAAAUGGAGCUGGAGUUGGUUUUGAAGAAAGUGCUCCAGAAGACUGUUGAAGAAGAUGGCGUUGUAUUUGUCAUCGACAAUGCCCACUGCAUCGACUCUCCCUCCUGGAGUCUGAUGUGGAGCGUGCUCAGGGAUGUCUCGAUCUUCAUGGUGAUGAGCUUCACUGCCAGUCACUGCAGAAGACAGAGGCUUUGCCAAGCUGCCGUAGACAUCCUGAAGUUGCCGAAAACCAGCUGUGUUCGUCUGGGAGAGCUGAAGCCUUCCGCUGUAGUGCAGAAAGCCUGCCAGGAGCUUGGAGUUGUCAGCCUGCCCCAGGAUCUAGAGACGUUGCUGACGCAAAGAAGCUACGGCAUCCCCUAUUACUGUGAGGAACUGCUGCACUACCUUCUUGGCCACGACAUGCUCUUGUUCCACCCACUGGGGAAGGAUGAGAAACGAGAGGACAAGUGGGAGAGCCUCUUCACUUCUGUGAUGGAGGCUUCAACCACUGCAGCAGCACGGAGCUCCAGCGCGGGGAAGGACCGCAGGGUGUGCACCAUGAGGCCGGAUGUGACCCUGCAGAACACUGUACUUCCCCCUACGUUGAAAGGGAUUGCGCUGGCUGAGCUGGACAGCAUGAAGCCCUCGGAGCAGAUGGUUCUGAAGUGUGCAGCCAUCCUAGGGCCGCUGUUCAGCACGGAGCUGCUGUUCCACAUCCUUCCCGGGUGGAGCAGGGCCAAGCUGAACAAGGUGCUGAAUGCCCUGGUGAGAUGCAACAUCCUCAAGUGGCUGAAUGCUGCCAAGGGGGCAGAAGAGAGCAGUGUUCCCACCGAGGGGUCAGGCGCCUCUCUGGAGGAGGAGAGCGAUGCCCAGAAGUCAUCCGUGGAGGAGAGCAAGCAGAGGGCGAGGCUGGAGUCUGGCGUGCUGGCCUUUUGCGCCCCGCUGCUGCAGGAGGCUGCGUACGAGCUGUGGCCGAAGGGACAGAGGGUGGCCCUGCACCACAAGUGUGCGGCCUUCCUGGAGAGGCACGCGCACAAGUGCCAGUGCUGCGGGGGAGGCGACUUCGUUGCCUUCCACCGCUUGGCCCUCGGCAGCACGCAGGAGGCCGAGAGCGGAGAAGAGCAUGGCAGCGACUGCUCCUGGCGCAACUGGGAGGCCUCCCUGGCGACCAGCGAGGAGAUGAAGUCGGACGAGCUCCCCGCCUCUACGGAUGCUUCAAGUGGUGUAUCGAAAGAGAAGAGCUUCUUGGAGGAGAUUUUUCGAGCGGCAAAGCAGUUUCUGGCUAAGACCGAAUGGAUGCCCAAGGUGCCCAGCAAGACCCAGUGGACGCAGGGUGUGGAGUGUUCCUGCAGCUGCAAGGCCAUUGUGGACUUGGUGCUUGUGCCCUUGGCUCAGCACUACAUGGCAGUGGGCAAUGACGCCAGAGCCUUUUAUUAUCUACUGGAGGGUGCGGCUGCCUACUUGCACGUCUCCGACAACUACCUGGCCUUCCGGAACCUGAAGAAAGCAGAAGUGCUGAGGACCUUGGUGGCUAAGAAGGGAAACGCGCUUGCUUGCUUUGAAGAAGCCACUUUGCUGAGCCUCAAAGGAGAGGUCUGCUACCAUAUGGGACAAACGGAGCUGGCGAAGACAAUGAUCAGGAAGGCAUUGAGCCUUCUGAAGAGGAAAUUCCCCACGACCUCCACUGGCGCCGCCUUGCAGCUUGUGCUGGAAAAGUCAGAGCAUGCCUCUCACAAGAAGAACAGAGACUCCUCCGUUCCUCAGGAGGCAGGGAGGCAGAGGCUCCCCUGGCUGUUCCGGCAAAGCCACUGCCUGUCCUUACUGCGGCAGCUCUUCAGCCUGGAGAGCGCCUCCGGCAGUCGGAGGCUCUCCCGCCUGGCAGCACUCAUGAAGGUGAACACGGCCGAGGAGUCCGAGGAUGCCAGUCACGUCCUCUUGUCCUACCUGGAAUAUGCGCUGUGCUGCCAGAACCUGGGCUGCCGGGAAGAGUGGCUGCAAUACGGGCGGGCGGCCAUGCAGCUUAGCGCUGAGGUGCAGCUCUUUGGAGGAGGGGUAUUAAACAUGGCCAGCUUUGCCCAGGCCCUGUCCCAUCUGACCCUCAGCCUGGGAAAUCUGCCUCUGUCCGUCGACGUAGGCUAUCGUGCUGAGAGGCUCUGCAUGGAGCUGCAGAAGCCUGACCUGGGCUACGUGGUUCUCAGGACCCUCUUCACGGCACUCUUUCUGCAGAUGAGGUACCCGGAAUGUGAGGUAGUGCUGCGCAGGCUAGAGAAACAGGUGUCUGGAGCAGAUGAGAUCGUUGGGCAGGCAUGCUUCUUCUGCUGCUGCUUAGACCUCUUGCUUGAUGCUGGGUGGCAGUAUAAGUCCUUUGAAGAGUGCAGGAGGUUCGUGGAGCAGAACGAAGCCAACUGCCUUCUCCAGGCGCAGAGCAGCAUCCUGCUUGGACUGUAUUCGUCCCUGGCUCUUUGGUUUGCAAGGCUUGGGCAGUGGGACAACUUCCAGAAGCCCUUUGAAAAGGCCAAGAGGCUGCUGAAGAGCACUGGCGCCUGCCUUGUGGCCAGCCAAGCGUGCAGCCGGCUCCUGGAGUGCCAUAGCCUGGUGCUGAAAAAGGACAUGGAGCACGGCUCGUGGAGGGCCCGUGAGAGCUGCCGCAGGGCUCUAAGGCUCGCCGAAGAGGUUUUCUCUCGGUGCUCCACAAGCCCCGUCUUCUACCCCAGAGUCUACCACCUGAAAGCCUACAUUUUCCUGAUGCUGGGGAAUGAAGAGCAGAGCCUGCUGUGCCUCAACCAGGGCCUCCAAGCCUGUGAAGACCAUGGCAACCUGCUGGAGAAGACUUGGCUGGAGAUGAGCACUGAGUGCUGGUUCACUGGAAAAGGCCCCCUGGGAGAUUUGUGGCUGAAGACAGCCCCACAUUUUCCCCACCUGAACCAAGCAAAGCCAGAGGUCUGUAGCUCCAGCAACCAAAUGGGCAAAAAGGGCUGCUACAUCCACCAGCGUGGCAGCAACCUGCGGCCCCAGUUCCCCCAGUUCACGGCAGUGCUUCACCCCAACAUCAACCCAUGA